AUGGCGGACGACGGCUACGGCUCUCGGGAGAAUCUCCGUCGACGCUCUGGUCCCCAGAGUGUCGCCUCCGACACUCCCGCCGCCGCUGGCUUCUACCAGCCCGGUCAACCCAUUGGCUUCAUUCGCGCUCGUGGCAGUCCUUACGAGAAAAAGUACUUCUCCAGGAAGCUCGGUUACUGCUGUCUCUUCCUCGCCCCAGGUGUCCUUCUCGUCACCCUCGCCAUCACCCUGCUCCCCGUCUUGUACGCUGUGGCCAACCAUGCUCUCCACACUGCCGUGCUCCACGUCUACGAGUCCAACAUCACCUCGCCAGGAAACACCUCGUUCCCUUUGACGCUCGAAGGUCAAACCAAGAAGGUCGGCAUCUUCCCCGCCCACCUCUUCUUCCGCGAGCCCGUUCAGGUCUACUGGGUCUUGCCUCCCAACCCCGGUCAGGUCGCUUCGCCAGAGACCUUGACCGAAGUCAACCUCGGUCAGUUCCGUCUCGACUACAUUGGUGCCGCUGCUGGUCACGCUCGUAUCAAGCAGGCCACCAACUUCGAGAUCAACGACGUCGACGGCUUCGGCGAAUUUGCCAAGUUCCUCAUCUCCCAACCCGAAUUCACAUGGAAGCUCAAUUGCUCUAGCGUCCAUGCCGAGGCUUUCUCGUUCUUGCCCACUUACAAGAACUUGGUCUUCAACAAGCACAUCAUCAUCAAAGGUUUCAACAACUUUGAGGAUGUCGAGAUUCUGGAUUUCCAGCUUCCUGGCGAUGACCCUGCUGGUGGUAUCUCGCUUUCGGUCACCACUUCGCUCGUCAACCCCUCGCCUUUCGGUGUUCAGCUUGGCACGCUCAACCUUGGCCUCUACUACCAAGGCAUGUUCCUCGGUCCUGCCACCACCAGCAACCUCAACGUCUCCGCAGGUCGUAACGUCAUCACGCUCAAUGGUCGACUGGUGCCCCACACCGAUAACGCCACCGAGCUCGAGUUGCUCGGUCAGCUUUUCACCGGCUACAUCAACGGCGAGACUCUGCCCACCCAGGCCCGCGGUGUCUCGGUUCAGCAGGCCAACGGCGACAACGUUGGCUGGCUCAGUCAGGGUAUCACUGCUCUUGAGCUGCAGGUGCCGCUCAAGGCCCCUGCGCCCAUCAACCCCAUCAAGAGCAUCAGCAUCGGCUCGCUCGCCCUCAUCUACACGCCCGAGACCGCCUACAGCCCCACGGCAUUCUCGAGCGCUCUCGGGGCAACGCUCGGUCUUCCCUUCGGUUUCACCUUGUCCAUCGUCAACACUGCUACCACCUUCACUAUCCUCUUCGAAGGUGCCCAGGUGGCCACCAUCAACUCGGCCUACUCCAACACCACCACGACGCUGCAGCUCGUCAGUGCUGGUCAGACCGCAGGUACGCUCGACCUCACCCUCGCUCCUUCGCAGCUGACGCUUGCCAACAACACCCAAGCCGCUCGCACCGAGCUCGAGGACUUCCAGAAGUACUUCACCUUCAGCAGUGGAACCGAGAUUCGCCUUCAAGGUGCCGCCAAGGCCAUCACCGACACUCCUCUGGGUCGCGUCGUUCUCGAUGGCAUCAUCUUUGACGUCGACAGUGGUCUCUUGGGUCUGCAGGGCCUCACCGCGUACCCGACGCUUAUCACCAGCGUCGACGUCACGGGUGGUUCCAGCGACGGUAUCCUCCUUUCGGUCGGAACCACGCUCGUCAACCCCUCCAACUUGAACCUCACCGUCGGAGACAGUGGCUUCCAGCUGGUCAACAACGGAGAUGUCGUUGGUACCGUCACCAUCCCCGGUCUGGACUUGAUGACUGGCCGUAACGACGUCAAUGCCACUUCUGUCUUUGACGCCAACGCGAGCCCCAACGGUUUGGACACCCUCAACCGUUUCAUCUCGGGUCUCGACACCCAGCUCGGCAUCAACGGUUACGAAGGUUCCACCACGGUCUCGUCGCUGUUGCCCGCUCUGUCGUCGCUUCGCCUCAACGCCACGCUGCCGGGUCUUCGCUCCACGCUCGUCCGCUCCGCCAACUUGACGGUGCUCACCACGACCGGCUACACGAACAACAUUGCCAACUCGACCGUCUUCCUGGCCAACCCCUUCACGUCGCCCCUCACCAUCACGCGCAUUCGCUCCAACGUCACUUCGCACGGCAUCUUUGUCGCUAGCAUUGACACGCCCUUGGAGUUCACUGCUCAGGGCAGGGCCACCACCCAGUCGCCGCCCGUCCAGCUUGGCCUCAACCUGUACCCUCCCGACAUCUUCGCCCUCGUGCGUGCUCUUGCUAUCGAGAGUGGUCAGGACCCCGCCUACAUCGACGGUGUCGUUCAGCUCGGUGGUUACUCGCUGACGCCCACCACCUCGGCCAACUCGCGUCGCUCCUUGGCUGCUGGCCCUUCGGAGGCCAGCUUCGAGAAGCGCAACGAGCUCGCCGAUGCCAUGAUGGACGGCGGCAACAGCGUCGAGACGCUUGCCGAGGUGGCCGACUGGGCCGAGCGUGACGAAUCGGACUCGCUGGAGGAGGCGGGCACUCUCAAGAAGCGUGCCAACCUCUACACCGGCUUCGACUUGCCCACCUACAUCAGCCGUGCCUUCUCCAGCGCCACGGCCAACCUGGAGAUCGUCUCCGAGGCCUCCAUCGGCGACUACUCGACCACGCUCACCUUUGCCCAGGCCAACGUGCCGCUCGGUACCGAUGUGACGCUCAACAGGCUUCUGCCCGUCCUGGCCUCGCCCAUUGUGCAGAAGAUCGUCGACAACUCGAUCCUCAACAUCGACCGAGUUACGAUUCUCAACCCGCAGCAGAACUCGUUCCAGACGGCUCUGCAGGGUACGAUCACCAACUCGGGUCCCUUCGAUGCCACGAUCCAGUUCACCAACGGUCUCAAUGUCACCUGGAACGGUCGUCUGCUUGGUCAGAUUGCUAUGCCCAACGUCUCGCUUGCCGGCGACGUCGGUGCUACGCUCGAGAUUCUGGCCGAGUUCGUCGUCGCCGACGUCGGCUACCUCACCGAAUUCACCCGCUUCCUCCUCACCGAACAGAGCUUCGUGUGGAACAUUGCCGGCGAUGGUCUCAGUGUUGCUGCUCUGGGUAUCCAGGUCGACAACAUCAGCAUCUCCAAGAACGUCAUCCUCAGCGCCUUCAACGGUCUCCGAAACAGCGUCAUCAUCAACUCGUUCGACUUGCCCUCCAACGACCCUGCUGGUGGUAUUCGCCUCACCGCCGCCACCACCAUCUACAACCCGUCGCAGGUCGGUGUGCAGCUGUCGCGCUUCGGUGUCGGUCUCGACCGCAACGGCAGCUACAUUGGUCCCUCGGCUGCGCAGGAUGAGUUCGUGCUGCAGGCUCUUGCCGUCACCACCCUGCCGCUGGUGGGUCGUUUGGUACCGCAGACCACCGAUCAGGGUCUCGCCGUGCUCUCCGAGAUCUUCACUCGCUUUGUUGGCAAUCUCAACACGGGGGUCAACGUCUUGGGUGACUACGCCGGCCCCGAGAGCGUUACGUGGCUCAACGACGGUAUCAAGGCGCUCAACGUCGAAGUGUCGCUGCCGUCGCAGCAGUUCACGGUCAUUCGCACCAUUUCGAUCAACCAGAUCUCGCUCUUCUUCUCGGUUCCGUCGGCAUAUAGCCCGCCCACGAGCUCCAACGACACGCAGUCGCAGUUCUUCCUCCCCUUCGCCUUCCCUCUGGACAUCCAGCAGGUCGGUGGUGGCUUCAUUGCAGGCUACCAAGGACAGGACAUGGCCGUGCUCGACAUCCCGCUCUCGCCUUCCAUCACGGACGUGACGGCGCGUAUCUUGACGCUCAUGUUCAGCGACGUGCCCUUCGCGGUGUACGGCAACCAGCACCCUAGGUUCUCGCAGUUCCUGGCAGACACCACCGCGGGUACGCAGGUCACCUUCAACCUCAACGGUCGUGCCAACACCAAGGCGCUCACCGCCGCCGGUCUCGUGACCAUCAGCGACAUUCCUUUCGACGUCGACACCAACCUGUUGGGUCUGCAGAACCUCAACGCUCGUCCUGCCAUCAUCUCGAACCUGGAUGUGUUCCGCGGUUUCCCCUCGUACCUGCAGAUCAACGUUGACGCCGAGCUCUUCAACCCUUCGCACAUCACGAUCGGCACGGGCGAUGUCACGUUUGAUGUCUACUUCCAGGGCCGAAAGAUCGGAACCGCCAUCAUCACUGGUUUGGUGCUGGUGCCCGGUGUCAACAUUGUCCCCACCCAGGUGCGCUACUCGCCCCAGGGUUCGGCCAACGUGCGUGCUGGUCAGACGCUGCUCGAGAACUACGUGCAGGGCAUCGUCUCGAGCACGAUCAUCCAGGGUACCUACGACACGACGCCCAUCGAAUCGCUCAAGCAGGCGCUUGCCGGCAUUGCGCUCACGGGCGACAUUCCUCCGCUCAGGCAGCUCCUCAUCACGGUGGCUAGGCUCUCAAUCCCUCCCAACAUCGCGCAGACCGGUAUCGCCCAGGCCAACUUCGACCUGCGCAACCCCUUCACUGCUUCGAUCAACCUGCUCAAGGUCAAGGCGGAUGCUUCGUACCAGGGCAUCUUCCUCGGAGAGAUCAACCAGGACCUGUCGAGCAACCCGAUCAGUGCCCCGGGUCACACCACCAUCACGUCGCGCAACCUGCCGUUCAACUUCGACCUGGACCCCAAGAACCUCAUCCGCUUCGUGCAGGCAGCUGCCGCCACGGCGGGCGUCGAUCUGGGUCCUCUGCCGCCUCUGUUCGCUCAGGUCUUGGCUCAGGCCUCCACCCAGACGACCAUCAGCCCGUACCCGGACUUCAACCCUCCCAACUGCAGGUCGGGCAACCAGUUCGACGUGCUUGGUGCGAUUCUGCGAACGCUUCAGGGUCUCACCACCCGGCUCGAUAUUCAGUCGAGCGUCAAGCUGGACGAGUACUUCACCAACCUCAACUUUGUGCAGCAGCCCGUGCCCACCAUCACGGACAACACGGCGCUCUACUUGCUCGGUCCCGCCGGUGCCCCCAUCGUGCAGAACAUUGUCGACCAGGCCAUCCUCACAGUCGACAUUGCCAACGUCACCUGUGUCACCAACACGGGCUUCGACGUUUCGCUCUCGGGCGCGCUGCUCAACACAGGUCCUUUCGACGCUUACAUCGAGUUCCCCGAGCCGCUCACCGUCACGUGGCAGGGCAGGAACAUCGCUACGCUGUCGUUGCCGCCCAUCUGCGCCUUUGCCAACGAGGGUGUUCCUGAUCUGAGGACCAGCGGUCAUCUGACCAUCACCAAUCUGGGUGCCUUCACGGACUUUGCCACCUUCAUCUUGGCCAACCCCUCGUUCCAGUGGACCGUCUCGUCGCCCAAGGUGACGGUGCGUGCGCUCAACAUCAUCUACAGCAACGUCAUCCUGUCCAAGGUGAUCAACUUCCAGGCCUUCAACGGACUGCCCGGUGUCACUACGUCCAACUUUGACAUCUACGGCGAGACGAGCAACUCGCUGCUGAUCCGCACCAACGCCGCCAUCCCAAGUCCCGCCUCGCUCGGUAUCCAGCUCGACACGGCCAACUUCGAGAUCUUCUUCAUGGGUACCGACAUUGGUCCUAUCAGCUCGAGCAACCUCUUCCUGGCUGCCAAGACCACCACCAACACGGUGCUUCAGGGCAUGAUUACCGCCAAGUCCGGACGCGACCUGCAGAACACCGGCAUUCUCUUUACCAACUUCUUGCAGGGCAGGACGCAGAUCCUGCAGACCCAGGGUCGCUCGGUCGUCACCCAAUGCAACGGCAACCAGCCCGUCAACUGGCUCAGUACCGCCUUCAGGACGCUCACCAUCGACGUUUCGCUGCCUGGUCAGAUCUACCAGAUCAUCUUCUCAAUCACGCUUUCGGAUCUUACGGUGUUUGUCAACGGCAACCCUGCCGACUCGUACGUGGUGCCAUCGAGCUCCAACUCGACCAUUGCUACGUUUGCCAACCCCUUCAUGUUCAGCCUGCAGCCCAUCCAGGCCGCGCCGCACAUCAACCUCUCGUACGCCGGCGGCAACACGGCGUACCUGGUGCUGCCGCUGUCGAACGUGCAGGCCGGCACGUCGCGUGGACCCAGCGACUUCCAGGCGCUCCAGCUCAUGUGGCGCAGGCAGAACAUCGUGGCGCAGGACCAAGCCAACUUCCAGGCCUUCUUCGCUCAGCUCACCGACACGCCGCGAGGUACCUUUGAUCUCAAGGGCAACACGGACGUCGUGGCCAAGACCGUGAUCGGAAACAUCCCUAUCGGUGGUAUUCCCUUCAACGUCACCACGACGCUCGCGGGUAUCAACAGCUUCAACGGUGUCACUACGCUCUCGGAUGUCAUGGUCAGCAGCGGUACGCCCGACUUCCUGUUCGUGCCGCUCAAGGUCACGCUCGAGAACCCGUCGAACCUCACUGUCUUCACCAACUUUGCGACGUUGCCGGUCAUCUACUCGGGUACCUACGUCGGUCGCGCCGAGAUUCCCGUGCUUGGUCUUAUCCCUGGAUCCAACCUGGUGCAGUCGUACUUCUACUACUCGCCCGCCAGUCACAACGAUUCGACCGCACAGAUGCUCCUCACGCGCUACGUCCAGCCCUCGGACUCGGAUGAGACCGCCCAGUCGUCGCCGCUUACCAUUGACGGUAGCGCUGGCAUCCUUGGCCGACAGAACCUGACGCCGUACGACUCGCUGCGACCCGCGCUCGCUGGUGUCAAACUGCAAACCACGCUGCAGGGUAUCGCCACCCGAAUUGUCACCGAGAUCCGAGUCUACCUCACUGCUCAGACGCUCAUCACGGGUAUUCCGAACCUCUUGGGUCUCCCCGGUGCGCCCCUGCCUGUAGUGGAGAUCGAGCUCUCGGCGCAGAACGUCCUCGACACCAAUUUGUACAUUGUGGCGUUGCAGACCUCGGCCAAGGUGGCUGGCUCCCAGCCCAGGAACGCGAACGACCCCGAUGCGCGCGUCUCGUACACGUUCCCCAGCCCGUACGAGGUUCCCUCCCGAGGCACAUCGAACUCGCCUAGGGUGCCCAACGUCGUUCUGCCCAAGGGUCUGGCUCGAUCGCUAGGCGUCAUCGGCAACAACCUGGACAUCUACAACAACCUGCCCGUGCGAUUGGGUCCUUCGGCAGGCAACAGCUACAACGCCGACGGUCUGCAGUACAACGAGUACAACAUUCCGACGCAGUACUUCAUCGAUGCCGGUGGAGGAAUCAUCCCGAUCACCAUCCCCAUCACGAACCUCACCGAUCUGAUCCCGCUUCUGCAGCAGGCAGGUGUCGAUGUGACGCAGCUGCUCGGCGGCGUGCUUGGCAACUUGCUGCAAGGCAACGUGAUCGGUGCGCUCGACAGUGCAGGCAAGGGUCUGGUGUGCACGCUUGCCAACCUGGGCAGUGGUCUGGGUCUCGGCAUCCUCAACCCGGUUCGUCAGCAGGCCAACUGUCCUGGCUUCUCGUCGUCGGUCACGAGCACGUCGACGAGCACCAACCCGGUGGCGUCGCUCUCGUCGGCGCUGACCAGCGGCGCAGGCGCCGUGACGAGCGCGCUCUCGUCCGGGGCGGCGCAAGUCACAUCGGCGGCCGCUAGCGUUUCUUCCGAAGCCGCCGCGGCGGGAUCGACCGCCGCCGCUGCCGCCUCGAGUGGAGCCGCUGCCGCCUCGAGCGCCGUGGCCAAUGCCGGUGGUGCCGUCUCCUCGGUCAUCGGCAACCUCGGCGGCCUCGGUCGUCGAGAUGAACCCCUGACCGUCCGCGCCGAACCCACGCACGCACCCAACUUCCAGCGCCUCUGGUAG